AUAUAUAUAUAUAUAUGUGGAAGCAAAGGACUUGAUCAAGAAUCCUAUCCUGGGUAUUGUUUGCUUCAGAGAAGAGAAGACGCUGUAAUGAAGAAUAGCUCCAUGUCGCAUCCAUUCGAUAGUACCCCGAAAACUCUACAGCGUGAAAGAGAUCAGGCCGGGGCCGGUGGUUCCAGAGAUAAGGGAGAUGUGAAGUCUUAUACUGUGGAGAAGAACAAGGAGGCAGUGUCAAAGAAGGCAGAGAGCAAGCCGCCCCAAGACAUUGAUGAAAGUGCUGAGGCUUUCAUCAAGAAGUUCCGGCACCAGCUCUUGAUCCAAAGGCUCGAAUCCAUAGAGAAUUACGAGCAAAUGCUGGCAAGGGGGCUGUAAAAUACCCCCUCUUGAUCGAUCUUCGUGUGACUGUAUUAAUGGAUAUGCAUGUUUUAGAGUGGAUUCAGCAUAUGUAUAACGAUGAAGUUUUUGGGCAUUCAAAGAUGAAACAUUAAAAUUUGCCUCCUUUUAGCACAAGUUGUUUUCCUUUUGUUUGCUGUUUUGAACGUUGUAAUAGCUUGUGUUUACGGUUCUUGAUUAAGUCAUAGAUGUGCCGAUCGAGUUUGCUCAAAGCAUUUAUCCAUAGAUCGAUUUA